GUGCUAACAUGAACUUCACUCAGAAAUCAAUCACCUCUUGCAUACCUUCCUACAUACUCUUAAGCAAUCAAGAAAAAUCGAGAUGGCAUUCUCAAAGACUUUUCUUCUUGUCGCCCUUGCUUUUGCUGUUCUCCUCAUCUCUGCUGAGGUCUCGGCUCACCGUAAUCUAGCUGAGACUACCACUACUACUGAAAGCGCCAACACUGAUAGUUUCCACGGACAUGGUCAUGGACACGGCGGCUAUGGACACGGCGGCUAUGGACACGGCGGCCAUGGAGGACAUGGAGGACACGGUGGACACGGAGGGCAUGGACCUCACACUGUUGAGACUGAAACUGAGAACUAGAUGAUGAUGGCCCCUUGUACGUAUGCAUGUAGUGGUGAACAUUGCAGGCGUCCGCAGUAUUAAUUAAUAUGGAAUCAGUAGUGGCUUGUUUCGCAAUAAAUAAUAAAUGUGUGUCGGAUGAGCAGUUCUCAAAACUCUCACUCGAUCGAUCCUUGAAUCUUCAUGUCAUGAACUAUCUAUGAUCCGCCUUAUGUUAAAUGAACUCGAUCAUGCGUUUUUGUCUA